GCACACUCCAUAUGCAAUGAGCGCAGGCUGCCAUUCUCGGCGUGCGGGGGGCUGUCUUUGUCGUACCCUUUCUUUUGCUGCAGCUAUUCAUCCUACUGGUGGUGGUAGUACAGCCUAUAUAAAAGCUAGCUUUCUCCGCACACGACACCGUCCUACAUUUUCUUCCCCCUUUCUCCGUGCCUCUUGUCUUCUCUCUUCAUACACAUUUGGCUUAUUAUUUAUACCACGUUUUAUAACAACAACAUAUAACCAUGGCUACCGCAGACGUCGCCCCCACGGUCCAGUGGAUGGAGGGAUCCGUCAAUCUGCCGCUGGUCGAGUAUCCCGCCAACAGCUCGUCACUGGAUCCCCAGCAGACGGCCGAGGCGGCCAUCAAGCGCUUCAACGAGGCCCUAGAUAAAAAGGACUACGACGGCCUCUCCAAUCAGUUCCUUGCCAACGGCUACUGGCGCGACCAUCUGGCGCUGACGUGGGAGUUUCAUACCACGCAAACACCGGCCAAGAUUGCCGAGUUCCUCAAGAAUGCCGCCACCACCAAGGACGGCUUCCGUAUUCUCAAACUAACCAUUGACGAAUCCGCGCCUACGAGAAAGCCAGCACUAGUCAAGGUGGACGGCAAUGGCACGAUUGAUGUCGUCCAGUUCUACUUUACCUUUGACGGCGUCGUGGGUACCGGAGAGGGUCUUGCUCGUGUGGCUGUGGAUGGCACCGACUUUAAGAUUUAUACACUCUACACACUAUUGACCUCGCUCAAGGGCUACGAGGAGCCGCUCCAUGGUAGACGGCCAGCUGGUGUAGAUCACGGCCAGCACCCCGGCCGCAAGAACUGGCUAGAGAAGCGCAUCGACUCGAUCAAUUUUGAAGAUGGCACCGAGCCCGCCGUUCUAAUUGUUGGAGCUGGCCAGGCUGGUCUCACCGUCGCGGCACGCCUCAAAAUGCUCAAUGUACCCACGCUGGCCAUUGACAAGAAUGAACGUGUAGGUGACUCAUGGCGUAACCGUUACCAUCAACUGGUCCUGCAUGAUCCCGUGUGGUACGACCACCUACCGUACCUCAACUUCCCGCCCAUGUGGCCCGUCUUCUCGCCCAAGGACAAGAUUGGCGGGCUGUUUGAGGCGUACGCGCAGCUCAUGGAGCUCAACAUCUGGAUGCGGUCCACGCUCGUGCACACGCACUGGGACGACAACAAGCAGCGCUGGAACGUGGUCAUCAAGCGCACCAAGGACGACGGCGAGAUUGAGGUCCGCACCUUUCACCCGCGCCAUAUUAUCCAGGCCACGGGCCACUCGGGCAAAAAGGCCAUGCCCAACAUCCAAGGCAUUGACGGCUUCAAGGGCCACCUGCUCUGCCACUCGUCCGAAUUCCCUGGUGCCCGUAAGGACGGCCAGGGUAAAAAGGCUAUUGUGGUGGGCUGCUGCAACUCGGGACACGACAUUGCGCACAAUUACCAGGAAAGUGGUUACGAUGUGACUAUUGUGCAGCGCUCCUCGACCCAUGUCGUCUCGUCCAAGGCCAUUACAGACAUUGCCCUCAAAGGCGUGUACUCGGAGGAUGGGCCGCCUGUGGAUGAUGCCGAUCUGAUUAUCCACGGUAUGCCCAAUGCGCUACUCAAGACAAUCCAGGUGCAAGUUGGCGCUAUCCAGCGCGACUACGACCGCGAGCUGCUCGACGGCCUGACCAAGGCGGGCUUCAAGCUCGACGACGGACCUGACGGCUCGGGCUUGUUCUUUAAGUACUUCCAGCGCGGUGGCGGCUACUACAUUGACGUGGGAGCAUCUAAACUAAUUGCAGACGGCAAGAUCAAGGUCAAACAGGGCCAGCAGAUUGCCGAGGUGCUGCCUAAUGGGCUCAAGUUUGCCGAUGGCGAUGUUAUCGAGGCCGACGAGAUUAUCUUUGCGACGGGCUACGAGAACAUGCGCACGCAGGCACGCAUCAUGUUUGGCGACGAUGUUGCGGACAAGUGUAAGGAUGUCUGGGGCAUGAAUGAGGAGGGCGAGUGGCGCACCAUCUGGCAGGAUAGUGGACAUCCGGGCUUUUGGUUCCAUGGUGGUAAUAUGGCGCUGUGCCGGUUCUAUUCGAGGCUUGUUGCGCUGCAGAUUAAGGGGCAGGAGGAGGGGUUGUAUAAGCGUGGCGAGAAGUGAUUCGAAGGGGUGAUGAUGAUUUGCUGGUUAAAUUUUGUAUGUUUCUUUUUUAUGAUGUUAAUUGGAAUAUGUUUUGCGUUGUCUGUCACUUGAUGUUCACCUUGGUCUGUGUGUGGUAUUAUAGGCGUG